AUUGUAAUGGGGAGGAGUCUGACACAGUGAGUUCAACUUAGGACGGACUGAAGGACAAACACACAGCAAGGAGGAUUUGUUGGAAUAAAUAAGAGGACAACAAAGCAGAUAUUAAAACUCACUGAGCAUUAUUUGCCUGAAAAAAUGUCUCUGUCUUCAGCCACCUUGGCCGCUCGUCGGGUGCUUGUUGCAGCGUCACAGUCAAGCCAUGAGGGAGGAGCAAGAACCUGGAAGAUACUGACUUUUGUUUUGGCCCUUCCUGGUGUUGGCGUCUGCAUGGUUAACGCUUACAUGAAGAUGCAAGAGAGCUCACACGCACAGCCGGAGUUUGUGCCAUAUCCUCACCUGCGUAUCCGUACCAAGAAAUUCCCCUGGGGUGAUGGAAACCAUACUCUGUUCCACAACUCUCAUACCAAUGCCCUACCGGACGGCUAUGAGAGCUCCAAUCACUAAAGAUCAGUUCUCAUCAGUGACCUGCUGCAUGCCUUAAACUCCAAUCUUCAGUGCACUUGCUUAGCAAAGGACAAGCAAUAAAAACACUUUUAACUGUA